AACAGCUGAAGAUGAGCCACUGAUUUUGUUAUUUUCUGUGGUCACUGCAUUCUUCCAUUUCAGGCCACCUGUGAGCCUUAGAUAUCUGUGUUGAUGAACGAUGUAAGACCAGAAUCUUGUGGCUGCCACAGGAUGACCUGUUAUGUGGAUGAUUGAAAGGUUUUGUUUCAAACCUUUGAUUCAGUUCAUCCUUAUAUAACAUUUUUUUUUACUUGCUGAUGUGUGUUUUAUUCACCAUUCUUUUUAAUUGAUCAAACGUAACUUUCCUACUUUUUUAUUCUUUAUACUUGAAUCCUAAAAGGAUUUGAAAAAUUUUGAAGCCUGGUUGAGGGUCCUGCAAAAUUUCGAAUGCACGCUUUGGACCAUGUGCUUUAUGACCAUUGGGUGAAUUCUGUUUAAGACACUAUCAGAUUGUGUAUUUCUCUCCAUAUGCAUGCACUGCACUGUCAAUAAGGGCACAGAAGCUGUUAUGAAUCUUGUAAUUUCAAAUCAAAUAGGUUAUAGUCUUAGAAAAGAUGCAUGUCAUUAUGAAUUCAACAAGCAACAAAUUUUGCAAAUAGGAAUUAUGCCACCCCCCCACCCCCCCCCAAAAAAAAAAAACCAAAUACCUAUUUGGAAGGCCAAUGCAUGUUAAAAUGUAACAUGAUCAUGUUUAAUUUUUUUGCACGUUUGGGAAAUUUAUUUAAGACUUCAAUUAUGGUGAUGAUAUUCUCUUUUCAAUUCACAAUGCCACCUAUUAUUGCUUACUAUUUAUCUUCCUUUAAUAGAACACAUCCAAAGACAUCUUUCAAAUUUUGAUAUAUUUAAACAAAAUUUGUGAAGAUCUACUUGACACCCAUUUAAUCAUUGGAACAUAACAAGUCCUGAGACCCAUCUUAUAGUUUAUUGAUUAUUUGUGCCCUCUUUGGGUACCAUACUAUUAUUCCAUAUGUUGGCAAUGCUUCUAAGUCUAAGUAACUUUUGGCAGGUAGCAGGAGGCAUAGCUUUUAAGCAGUGUUCUUGUGGAUCAUAGCUACAAAUUUUGAUGAUACUGAUUAAUGGAAAUACUCUGUUGCUUUGGAAAAUUAAUAUUACUUAUUAGGUCUAGAUAGAUGUAUGCAAAUGUUUGAAUGUACCUUGGCUUUGGAUUAAUGUGGUUCACCUAGUGUUGUCUCUGAACUCUUUUCCAUGGAAGGUUCUAUGAUUCAACUACAGAUACAAGUCUUUUUAUUCGCAUGUUUUCUCUAUGCUCACCAUCUGAGUCAGAUCUCCAAAUAGGGGUUGCGUCCACCUUAAAUUUGUUGAUCUGCAGCUUGGUAGGAAAGUGGCCAACUACCCUGGUGAAGCAGCUCUGGUCAUUUGGCCUGGAGCCAAUAAUCCACUUCAACAAUUGCUUUGAAUGUGGAAGAAUAUGUUGUAGGUAUAUUCGACAGUGGAACUCUACACCUAGCACACGCAUGAACCAUCUUUUACCCCCCUUAUCUUUAGAUGUUUUUGUCAGAAAUGUUACCUUCGGCUUGGUUUUUAAAACCAAUGUGGAGUAUGGAGCUCAUCACAAAAGCUGUGAAUGAUAUUUUCUCCAUUUAUCAAACCCUUUUGCUUUCAAGAGGAAAGAACCCCUGACCAUUGUCUUGGCAAUUGCAGUCUACAGAUUUUCAGCUAUUUAUUAUUACCCUGUUGGCCUCCAUCCCCUAAGAGUGUUGGCCUUUUGACUGUUUAUCCAAUUUGAGAGUGUACUUCAGCCUGGCUCUCCUUUUAGUUUUCUAGGAUGGUUGUAUGUAUACCACCAUUUGAAACAAACUGAGGAAGCCACCGUUUAUAGGGACAGAGUAUCUGUAUUUGAGAAUACAAUGAAAAAUAGUGAUUUCUUGGGA